AUUAUCAUUUCUUAAUAAAGCACAUUACUUUUGUCUUUAUGUUCCACAGGAGCAAUGUACUUCAAUGACUGUCCAAGGCAGCCUUUUAUCCCCAUCUAUUUGUGUGGAUUUAUAGUCUUCUUCUACGUCUUUGGUUUGUUCUGUUGCCGCAAGCGUGCAAUAGAAAAUGUGGUGUGUUGCAGCUUCAUGACGGCUGUCCUCUUCUUUUGCUGGUUCAUCGCUGGUAAUGUCAUGAUCUACUCCAUCUACGACCCCAACUACAAGAACACACAGCACAACACAACAGAAGCUGACUCCUACUGCGACAAGACACUCUACCUGUUUGCUUUCUGGAGCACCAACUUCAUCUAUAUCCUGUUAGGUCUGAUCAUUUUAUGCUCUUGCUGUGUCUUUUACUGUGGGCCGCAAGAUGUAUCACCCCCUGUCUAA